AUGAACCAAAGCGGGGGUUGUUCCUUCAAAGAAGUCGACGGCCUAAUGAAGACAGUGGCGCUGGUCGUCCACAUCCCCACUUUUUUGCUGGGUCUGUGCCUCAACCUGCUAGCCAUCUACAGCUUUGCCUCCUUCCUGAGAAGGUGGCAGGAGGAGUAUAGGGCCACUUCCAUCUACAUGAUCAACCUGGCGGCCUUUGACUUGCUCCUCGUGCUCUCUCUUCCUUUCAAGAUGGUGCUGUCCCAGGGCCCUACCCAUGCCUCCAGCGUCUGUACCAUGGUGGAGUGCUUCUACUUUGUCAGCAUGUAUGGCAGCGUCUUCACCAUCACCUUCAUCAGCCUCGACCGAUACGUGUCCAUCAAGCACCCAAUCUGGGUCAAAAACAUCCGAUCCCCAAGAAACAUCUUGAUAGUCUGCUGUGCCAUCUGGGCACUAGUGUGGAUAGGCACCAUCCCCAUCUACAAGUUUCAUGGGGAAGCAAGCAACUCCACGUGCUUCCACAACAUGUCUAAUGGCUCCUGGGGCGUCUCAGCCAUCGUCCCCCUGGAGUUCUUCGGAUUCCUCCUUCCUAUGGCCAUUGUCUGUUUCUGCUCCUUCAGCAGCAUUCACACCCUGCUGGGCAAGCAGAACCAGAGAAACACUUGGGCUGAGAAGAGGGCUCACAUCAUCCGUUCCAUUGCCGCCAGCCUGGCUGUCUUUGUGGUCUCCUUCCUGCCUGUCCACCUGUGCAUCUUCCUGCAGUUCCUGGUGAGGAAUGACUUCAUCCAAGACUGCGGUACCAAGCGGGACAUUAGCUUCGCCCUGCAGCUGGCCAUGUGCCUCUCCAAUGUCAACUGCUGCCUGGAUGUCUUUUGCUACUACUUUGUCAGCAAGGAAUUUAGGAUGGGGAUUGUGACUCGCCACCAGUUUGUGAAGCAGCUUUCUUGGAGAACUCAUCUUUUGGGACAGGAAAGCAUGCCUGUAAGCACCAAGGACACAACGGGAAAGCUCUCAGAUCUAAGGAGGAUGGGGAAAGGAUUCUUGUAG